AUGGCAGAACUCGUACCCAACAAGACGUGGGUCUUCAAGGAGAUUCCCACUGAGCUUCCUCAACUGGGUGUCCACACUGCCAUCGAGGAUAGGCCUCUGAGCCUGGUGCCCCCUCCCGGUGGUGUAACUGUGAAGCUACUUGAGGUUGGGUUCGAUCCCCACCAGCGGGAUCGCAUGCGAGGACCAACAUUCCAGAGCUACGUACCCGGAUACGAAUUAGACCAGCCCAUUACCAAUUUCGCCGUCGCUAAGGUCGUCCGCUCAGAAAAUGAAGGAUUCAAGGAAGGGGAAUUGAUGCAAGGCAUGAUGCCAAUUGCGGAGUAUGGCAUUAUUCCAAAGGAGCUGAUCGAGGCCAGACCAAUGGCUGCGCCUCUCGUCUGGAAGGUCGAGAACAAGUACAACAUCGAUCUUAACCACUACCUCGGACCUCUGGGGCUCGCUGGUAUGACUGCGUGGAACUCAUUCUAUGGCCUGGUAAAACCAGAGAAAGGUCAAACGAUUUGGGUCAACGCCGCUUCUAGCUCCGUGGGAGAGAUCGUUGUUCAACUUGCCAAGAAGGAAGGCAUGAAAGUCAUUGCCAGUGUGAGCUCCGACGACAAGUUGAAAUAUGUCACCGAGGAGCUGGGGGCAGAUGCGGGAUUCAAUUAUCGUAACGAAAAGAUUUCCGAAGCGCUAAAGAGAUUCGCACCUGAUGGUUUGGAUGUCGUUUACGAGAAUGUGGGCGGAGAUCACUUCCAAGCCGCCAUCGAGAACAUGAAAUGGUUUGGACGCAUUAUUGCAUCUCAAUACAACAAGUCGAUAGAGGAGCAGUAUGGUGUCACUAACCUGUCUGAGAUCUUCCGACGUCGUAUUUUGAUCCAAGGAUUCAUCUACUGGGAUCACAAUAUUUACCCUCAGAACAUCGACAGCUUCAGAGAGAAUAUGCCCAAGUGGAUCUCUGAUGGGUCAGUCAAAUCCAGGUACACGAGAUUCGAGGGUCUCGACAAUUCUAAUGACGCUUUCCUGUCUAUGUUCACUGGCAAGGCAUUUGGCAAGGCGGUGCUCAAAAUUGCCGACAACUAA